UUUCCUGUUACUCGACAUCUCACUAGUAUAUAUAUGUCUCUCCAAAUCAACCAUCCUUUCUUGAUUUCAUCAAAAUUCUCUAGAAAAGAAGUAAACAUUAGUACAAGAUUCUCCUCCUAGAAUGUGUGGAAUAUUUGCGUACCUGAAUUACAAUGUCACCAGAGAGAGACGCUACAUUCUAGAAGUUCUGUUCAAUGGGUUGAGACGUUUAGAAUACAGAGGGUAUGAUUCAGCUGGAAUUUCCAUUGAUUCUUCUGAUUCUGAUUCUGAUUCCCCUCCUCUUGUGUUUCGUCAAGAAGGCAAUAUUGAAUCUCUUGUCAAAUCUGUCUACCAAGACGUUGCUGCUACAGAUUUGAAUCUGGAAGAAUCAUUUUCUGUUCAUGCUGGAAUAUCACACACUCGGUGGGCCACACAUGGGGAGCCUGCUCCUAGGAAUAGUCAUCCUCAGAGUUCUGAUGCUGGAAAUGAGUUUUUGGUUGUCCACAAUGGUGUUAUCACCAAUUACGAGGUGUUGAAAGAGACCCUUCUCCGACAUGGUUUCACCUUUGAGUCUGAAACAGACACGGAAGUAAUUCCAAAGCUUGCGAAAUUUGUCUUUGAUAAAGCUAAUGAAGAAGGUGACCAGAGCGUGACAUUCAGUCAAGUUGUGCUUGAGGUAAUUAGGCAUCUGGAAGGAGCCUAUGCCCUCAUAUUUAAAAGUCGACAUUACCCAAAUGAAUUAAUUGCUUGCAAGCGUGGUAGUCCACUUCUUCUUGGUGUAAAAGACUUAGAAGAAGAGGCCUCCGCAGAAUCAUCAUUUAGUGAUGCUAAAUUUCCUUCAAGCAAUGGGCAACCGAAAGAAUUAUUCUUGUCCAGUGAUGCUAAUGCUUUGGUUGAACAUACCAAAAAGGUCUUGGUAAUUGAGGAUGGUGAAGUUGUUCACAUCAAGGACGGAGGUGUGUCAAUUUACAAAUUUGACCAGGCUAAGAAUAAUCAUGGUGGUACUCUUAGUAGACCUGCUUCUGUUCAGCGUGCCUUAUCCAUUUUGGAAAUGGAGGUCGAGCAGAUAAACAAAGGAAAAUAUGAGCACUACAUGCAAAAAGAAAUUCAUGAGCAACCAGAAUCUCUAACUACUACAAUGCGAGGGAGACUUAUACGUGGAGGAUCAUGUAAAGCAAAGACUGUGCUUUUAGGGGGCCUGAAGGAUCACCUCAAAACCAUAAGAAGAAGCAGGAGAAUUCUUUUUAUUGGGUGUGGCACAAGUUACAAUGCAGCUCUAGCUGCAAGAUCCAUUUUGGAAGAGCUUUCUGGUAUUCCUGUAACCAUGGAGAUUGCCAGUGAUUUAGUGGACAGACAAGGGCCGAUAUAUAGAGAAGAUACAGCUGUCUUUGUUAGUCAAUCAGGAGAAACUGCUGACACUUUGCUUGCAUUAGAGUAUGCUCUGGAAAAUGGCGCAUUAUGUGUUGGCAUUACAAAUACUGUUGGUAGCGCAAUUGCUAGGCACACUCACUGUGGUGUUCACAUAAAUGCGGGCUGUGAGAUUGGAGUUGCAAGUACUAAGGCAUACACGAGCCAAAUUGUUGUGAUGGCCAUGUUGGCUCUUGCAAUUGGAGGUGAUACACUCUCAAAUCAAGCAAGAAGAGAAGCAAUAAUCGAUGGUCUAUUUGACUUGCCAAGCAAAGUGAAAGAG